GUAAUAAAUGGGUAGGAGGAGGAGAGAAUGUCAUAGCUUCAUUAAUUCGUAAGGCCAUUUGCUCAGUUAAUGAGCAUGGCUAUUAUGAAAUAGAGCUAAAGGAUUCUGAAAAUCAAUUCCAAAGUUUUUUAUAUAUCAAAGAUUGUAUCAGUGCCAUAGUUAAUUUAAUGGAAAGUGACUAUUCAAAACCAUUAAACAUUGGAUCCGACAAUACUUUGUCAAUAAGAGAAUUGGCCUAUUUUGCUUUCGAAACUAUUGGAAUAAGAACAAGAGAGCAAGAUAAAUUGAUAACGGAUGAUACCAAAUCUGUUGGUAUUCAAAAUCAAAAUUCAGAUACACUUAUUAAUCAAGUUCUGGGAUGGACACCUGAAACGUCUAUUCGAGAGGCUAUGGAGAAAACGGCGAUGUGGAUAAAAAGUGAGAUUGAAAAAAAGCUAAAUAAAUGUGAAAAUGAGUUAGCAAGAAAAAAAUUAAAAGAAAGCUACAGAAAAGAUAGUGAAACACGCAUAUUGAAUGAUGAAAUCAAAUUCGGAAUUCUUCUUCCGAUUACAUCUCGUGGGCUAGAAAGCCCUAGAGAUUGUCUUUAUAACUUGAAAAAUUUCGCAAAAAGCGUGUAUGAAACAACACAGAUGGACAUUAUAAACAUGAACGGCAUUAAAUUUUCUUUAAAGUUUUUUAUUGGAAUCGAUAAAGACGAUUCUUUAUUUCACCCUAUGGAAAAUAAUAUUGCAGAACAAAUACUUAAGGAACACGGAUUAAUGGAUGUAACAACGCGCGAGUUUGAUCUGCCACCUGGAUCCAUAUGUAAAAUCUGGAAUGACUUAGCAAUAGAUGCAUAUAUUCAUCUGUGUGAUUAUAUAGUACUAUUUGGAGAUGAUAUUAUAAUUGAGAGUACGAAUUGGCUCUCCAAAACGUACGAAGAAUUUAUGAAAAUUUCAAAUGAGAAAAAAGUUCCAUGCGGUUUUGGAACUGUUGCGUUCACAGAAUUGACAUUUCCAGGUUUUCCCACAUUUCCUAUAAUGUCCCGACUGCAUAUUGAUAUAUUUGGUGGUAAACCAUUUCCACAAGUCUUUACGAACCAAGACGCGGACCCGUUUCUUUUUCAAUUGUACCGUCGGUUUGGAUGUUCAGUAUUGUCCAAACAAUUAAAACUCAGGAAUCUUAUUGGAGGUAGCAGAAAACCACGUUACAAAAGAAUAUUUCAUGACUGGUCUUUUUCUGUUUUGGAUGAGGCAGUAUUAUCCGUUGAAAAAUGGAUGCAUAAUACAAUAGAAAGUCCCAUUCCUAAACUCAUCACACUAGAUGUGAUUGUGCCUUCUUACAGGGUACAAAUGCAAUAUUUAGAGCCUAUACUCCGGCUUAAAAGAUCUAAAACUGCAUCUACAUCUAUAAUAAUAAUU